AGCAUCACGGGGCGGACAUCGCUUGAAUCCAGCUUCGAGUCCUCCAGUACUGGCCAUUUCCAUUUCGCCGCAUCUUUAUCCCCUUCGUUCCUUCCCAACCCAAUCAAACAGAUUUGACGCAUCGACGGAGACCACUCCCACCUCGCCCUCUCUUCUCCCUCGUUUAGGAUCGCUACUGUGUAAACCCUCGAAACCCUCUCCAUGGACACUCACAUGACGCCUCCCAAGUCCGAUCGCCAGGGCCGGCCACCGGCAAUCGAACCCUCGUCCCCUCGCUUCUUCCUCUCGGCCGCCGCCGCCGCCAGCCCCGGAUCCCACCGCCGGAUCGCCAUCGCCGUCGACCUCAGCGACGAGAGCGCCUACGCCGUCAAGUGGGCCGUCCAGAACUACCUCCGCCCCGGGGACGCCGUCAUUCUUCUCCACGUCCGCUCCACUAGCAUCCUUUACGGCGCCGACUGGGGCGCCAUCGACCUCUCCGUCUCCGCCGAUCCGGACUCGGAGUUGUCGCAGCAGAAGCUGGAGGAGGACUUCGACGCCUUCACAUCCACCAAGGCGCAGGACCUGGCCCAGCCCCUCGUCGAGGCCCAGAUCCCCUUCAAGAUCCACAUCGUGAAGGAUCACGACAUGAAGGAGCGCCUCUGCCUGGAGGUCGAGAGGCUUGGCCUCAGCGCGGUCAUCAUGGGAAGCCGGGGCUUCGGCGCCUCCAGGAGGAGCAGCAAGAGCCGUCUCGGGAGCGUCAGCGAUUACUGUGUGCAUCACUGUGUUUGUCCAGUCGUGGUGGUCCGCUUCCCGGAUGAUGGAACCGGCGUCGGAUUGGGGCCCGGGGGAUCAUCAGCGCCUCUCGACAAUGGCGCCACGCUUCCUUUGGAGAAGGACGUGGAGCUCCAUCCCGUGCCUGAAGAGGAGCAAGAAUACCAUGAUGCCACCGAUGAGCAUAAAGAUGCAUGACAAGCAUACUUACUGUGGCAUAGGCAUCUUAUGUUAUGCGUAAGAAAUGACAUGGAUGAUGCUGGUUGGAGAUUGACUCAGCCUUUUUCAUCAGGGACUUCGUCAUGUAAUGUUUUUUAUGCUGAUGUCCAUAGUGAUCAUGUUGUUUACCUGUCAACUUUGAGAAGCUGGACAACUGUUGGGUGUGCAUCUUUUGCAUUUGCCAGUGUCUUAUUUAUGUGUCUGCUACUUGUUUCUUUCAAAUAACUAUGCUCCUUUAGAAGCAUCAA